AUGUCGCACCCUCCCGUGGCAGCCGCCAUCUUGCUGUGCUUCUCCUGGCAGCGGCCAUCUUGCGUGCCGGACAAGAGAGGAAGUCUGGAAGGGAAGAGAGAACAGAAGAGUUACAAAGCUCUCUUAGAAGAUCCAAUGCUCAAGUUCUCAGGACUGUAUCAAGAAACUUGCUCUGACUUGUAUGUAACUUGUCAGGUGUUUGCAGAAGGGAAGCCUCUUGCUCUUCCAGUUAGAACUUCCUACAAAGCUUUUAGCACUAGAUGGAACUGGAAUGAAUGGCUGAAACUGCCUGUGAAGUACCCAGACUUGCCUCGCAAUGCACAGGUGGCUCUCACCAUCUGGGAUGUGUAUGGACCUGGUAAAGCAGUUCCUGUGGGAGGAACAACGGUCUCGCUCUUUGGCAAAUAUGGUAUGUUUCGUCAGGGAAUGCAUGAUUUGAAAGUCUGGCCCAAUGUAGAAGCUGAUGGCUCGGAGCCCACCAAAACUCCUGGGAGAACAAGCAGCACAGUCUCUGAAGAUCAAAUGAGCCGCUUGGCAAAGGUAAUGGAAUAGCAAGUAACCUCUAAGAUGUAUGUGAAAAACUUAAACUUUCACUGGAGUGAAAUGAAGACAGGCU